AUGCGGGCAUCUCAUGUCGACUCCUCCUCCGCGUCGACCGCUGCCCGCACGUUCGACCCGACCGAGUAUGCUCUCCGUCGGAGAGAGCAGAUCGAGCGCGCGCGGGAGCUACGGGCGGCGCGGUCCACCAUGAUGGGUACCGGCGUGUCGCGAAUGAACACCGGUCCCACGCUCACCCGCUCCCUCUCAUCCGAUAACGUCGCCGGACCAUUCGCGCAUCACGCCUCUCGUUCGUACACCGACUCCCGUCGUAACUCCCUGGGGUUAUCCUCUUCUUCCUCGGGGCCUCUCGCUGCUCGCAGGAUUAGCGGUGCCACUACCCAUGGCGGCAACGUUCCUCGUACCAUAAGCAGUUCAUCUACCAAUUCGAACAUGUCACGUUCGCUUGACACGUCCGUGGUGUCUCGUCCCAAUACCUCCACCAUUCACGGCGGGCAUCCCUCCACUACCGGCCAGGCCGCCAGCAGUCGCGGCUCGGGGGCCUCCGCUGGCAGAUCAGAUGGCCGGCAGGGAAUUGGACGGCAGCAAAAGCAACGGCAGCCAAACGAGCGGCAGCGGCCGGUUGAUAUCCGGCAGACCCUGAAACUUGACGACGAGGCGUUGUUCUCGGAGGAGGAGCUUGCCGCGUUUCGCUGCGCUGGUAUGGCCGCCGAGUCGGAAGCCGCCAUUGGCGUGCAGCCGCAGAAGGAGUCCGUGAUUGAGAGUAACGCGACAGCGGCGGAAGUGGCGCCGCCAGUUGUGGUUGAGAUUGUGGACCACGAGACGGGGGUCCUCAAGACGCCGCCGAGGGACACGAGUAAGAAGCGAAUCGUGGCGGGGGAAGAGACCAAGGAGGAGAUGCCACAAUUGGACGAUAAGGUAGAGAAGGGUCUGGAGCGGAAUCUCGAAGAGAAACGCAAGGAGCAGCCGCAGCAGCAGAGCAAUUUCGGAGAGGAUACGCACGGCUUUCAACAUUCGACGGCAAAAGAUCAGAAGAGGAGGGAAGCCAAUUCACACAAGGACGAAUGUCUGCUGCUGACAGCACCGGCAGCAGCUUCUGUGCGCGGAUCCAGAGUCCACGACGAGCGGAGAGCCAUGGAAGACUCGGUUGUGCGGAAGCACAAUGCAGUGGGAGGCGGCAGUCAGGCGUCAGGCGCAGCGCAGCAGGGGACGGGGCCGGGAACGGCAGCGCCGACGACUCCCCAGUCGGCGGAGAAGAAGGGCGGCCGGCUUCUGCGCAAGCUGAGCGCGUCCGUGAGCCUGCUCAAGCGCGCCUUCAUGGGGAGCGCUUCUUUCUCCGCCACUUCCCCCUCCGCUUCCGCCUCCUCUCCCUCCGCCGCAGCCGCCGCCACUGCCGCUGCUGCCAAUGCCUUGGCAGGCCACGCUAAGCACGAAACGGCGAGCCGCGCGUCUGCCUGGACGAGUGGUAAGCCUUCCGCGCUGGCUGCGACCCAUCACGGUACGAACGGCUCGAGCUCGAGUAGCGUCGCUAGCGGCACGAGCGGCAUAAGCGGCACGACUGGGACUAGCGGCACCAGCCGCACUGAAGGUACUAGUUGGACUAGCGGAACUAACGGCACUAGCGGCACAACGGGGGGGGGGACUGCCACAGGCGCCGGUGCUACGAGUGUGAGUGGCACCCCCAACCUCGUCACCCCCACCAGAACACUCCACACCAUCAACACGCCCUCCGCUUUCAACCCUGCGCCUUCCCCGUUAGCCGCCGACGUCACGCCGCGCACACUGUUCCACUCGAUCACCGCGACUGCUGCUGCUACCGGUUUUUCCGCAGUGGUUUCUGCAGGUCGCGCUCCCCUCAGUGCCUCCACUGCCCCAUCCACUCCGCAGUAUGGGCUUCCCCGUACCGCACAAGGCUCCACUUCCGCCUCCGCCUCCCCUCACUCUGGGGCCUUUGUCCCCGCGCCGUGGGACUCGUACGGCGCUUCCUCCGUCCCCGCCAGCCCCGCUGCGAGUGAGGGUGCUAGCGGAGGGGGGCAGUCUCGGCGGAAGCGGUGGGCAAGCAUCGGGGGAGGGCACGCGGGGGGCAGCUUCUUGGUGCUUGGCGGAAUGAGCGCGGAGAGGGUGGAUGGAACGAGCAGGGGGGGGGCUGCGGAAGGAGCAGAGGAUGGAUUUACCACUAGAGGAAGGAGCAGCAUGAGAAAGCAAGAGGCUGAUUCUGCCACUAGUACCAGAGGCAUGGGCUACGCAUCGGACGAUGCAGAGGACUCGCGUCGUAAAUCCGACCGUCAGGGGCGUGCCACGUGGUCUGCAACACCCGGAGACGCGACGCCAAUGCAGAUCAGGCAGAUGAUGAACGCGCAGGAGCGCAAGGCGAGGACCAAUGGCGUGGGGAAGAGCACAAGCAAGGGCAAAGGCCGGUCUGAUCGGCCUGAACGGCCUGAUCGGCCUGACAGAGUGCAUCCCGAGCCCCAGGCUACCCCAACGUCCCCUUCCGCUGCUCCGCCUGUGAACCACUCGGGCGGGCGGAAGCAGGGGUCAGCGCGCAUGGUGGGGAGGGGAGCGGCAGCCGCAGCAGCGGUGGCUGCUGGCGUGGGGAGGUCCCCAGGGAAAGGCGGAAAGGGGAGCGGGGAGGAUGUGGCUGAUGAUGUGGCAGCGGCGGUACGCGCCUGGGCUCGGGAGCGCAGGGGGAGCGUGUCAGUGUCCGGGAAUGGGGGUGAUGAUGUGCAGAAGCAGGAGAAGAUGGUGGGGGUGGAGCGGUGGCUGCAGCAGAGGCUGAUGGAUGGGUACUCGGGCAGUGAGGGCAUCAAGGGCACUGCUUGGGAGCGGUUCAAAGGGGAAGGGGACGGCGGCAAGAAAGGAACAGGCGCAAGGAAGGAGCCUGGGGAGGGGAGGGCACGGUGGGAAGUGACGGAUGGAGGGGCGGUGCAAGCGGGUGACUGUGAGAAGAAGGUGAGGAAGGAGGCGGUUGGUGGAGAGAGCAGUGGCCAGGUCAAGAAGAAAGUGGGCACAGGCAGCGGCCGAGUGAAGAAGAAGAAUGGUGCGGGUGCGAGUGCAGGGGAGGAGGAGGCAGCUGGUGGGGAAACGGUGAAGGGGAAGAAGAGCAGUGGUGGUGGUGGGAUGACGGAAAGCGGAGAUGCUUAUGAGCACAGUGACAAGGAGAACGGUGUGAAAAAGGUGAAGGGCAAGGGGAUGGGGAAUGGAAAGGGCAAGCAGAAAGGCCAGAGAGUGCGGGAAGUGGGUAAGGCAAGUGGUGAUGAGGCAAGUGGGGUUGAUGCGGCAAUGAGCGAGCGGGUGGGGCCGGAUGCUAAUGGUAAAGCGGUUGAGAAGCGGAAGAAGAAGGUGGUUAAGAAGACUGUUGACAGUGUUGGCGAUGAAGCUGGUGAUGGUGGGGAAGUGAAGCGGGUGGCGAAGAAUGGGGCCACAGUGAAGAAAGGGAAGAAGGCGCCCCUGGGCUCAAAGAAGAGCGAUGGCAGCGGAGACAAGGGGGAUGUGAGUGAUGGAGAGGGCGUUGGUGGUAUGAAGGUGAAGAAAGUCAUUAAGAAGAAGAGACCAGUUGGCAGUGACAGCAUUUCGGCAGAUCAGGGCUUGCUGCAACCUAACCCCGACCAUGUAGUGUCUGAGGAAAAGGUUGCACACGGUUCAAGCUUGGAAUUGGCAAUUUAA